GUCAAGGGAAUAUGUUUGUUAAGAAUGUCUAUGAUAAGAUGCUAAUAUUUUCAUGUUUAAUUUUCUUACAGCUGACAAGGUUACGACAGAGCUUACAAAGUUAGCCAAAGAUACAAUUCCCCAAAACAUUACUAGCUUGCAGGGAAUUAGGAAGGCAAUGGGUAUCUCUGUUGAGUCUGUACAGGGUACUGACGAAUCUCAACCAAUAGAAAUAGAGGAUCAAGAUGAAAAUAGCCAAUCAGGUGAUCCAGCACAAACUAACCUUGCAGAUGUGAACAACCAAUUAGAAACAUUUACACAAAACAAUGAUGAAGUUAGUUUUAUUGACAAUGAAAUGUUAAUGGAAACUGAUGGUACAAUGAUUGAUAACUUAUGAGGUGACUAGAGAUAUAAAUGGCAAUAUUACACAUGUGUUCAAUUGUGUUUUUUAAACAAUUCUGUGUUGUGUAGCCUGUGAAUCAAAGAAAGCAUUGGCAAAAUUGCCAUUGUGUUUGGUUAUAUUUUAGUGCUGUUGAUGGCUGUUAAGAGUGAAGGACAUUGCUGCAUUGCCUGUUGUUCUCCAAGUACAUGAGGACAUGUUGGUACUGAUGAACAUUGUAAAAUGUUGUUGUAGAGAAAUGCUAGAUCCGUUUGUAGAUUUUGAGAGUGGAAGAGAUUUAUAAUCCAAGUAUAAGUUCUUUGGUCGUUCUUGCUGAAAUGCAAAGUGUAAACCUGAAAAAGAGAUUUUAAAUAAGAUUUAAACCUAUUUUUGAUAAAGAAAUGAGUGAUGACAAUUCAAGUUUAUUUGGUAAAAGUAAAUAUUUAAACUGUCAAAUUUACUUAUUUAUUAUAAGAAAGUAUUACAAUAACUAUUUAUGUUGAUUGGUGUGACUGUAAAGUGUAUAUUGUAAACUAUUGUAAAGUAUAAAACCAGACCUUUUUAUGUUGCUCAAUUGCAAUGCUAUUGCAUGUCAUUUAAAUUUUUAAGGCAUGUCCAUGUCCAAAUGAUAAUUUUUAAGGCUUUUCUGAUAUGAUAAUAUAAGCUGUAAUGAACUAAUCAACCAUGUUGUGAAUUAAUUAAAGAUUAAACAGGAAAAUACCAAGUUAAAAGUAAGUAAAAGCACAGACAGCGUUAACCUGGCAAGGCAAGUUGAUCUCUUAUACCAAUGUUACAAGCUAAUUUAGUAAAUUUAUGAUGACAAUACAACAUAAAUAUGUUUGCAAUAAGGCUUGUCAUAUCAUUAAAUUCCCGUAGAUAUCUUUCAUAUUUUCAUAAUUUUCCUUUUAUUCAUAGCAUAGAUAAUAUCAUAAUAAUUUAAAGUUUUUAAGAAUUUUUAUUUAUUUUAUAUUGUUACUAGCAUAGAAUAAGUGAUUGUUACUAGCAUAGACUAAGUUAUUAUCUCAGGCUGGCAUUAGCAUGUUGGAAUUACCAACUUGUGUUGUAUGACAAUAAAUAUUUCUUAUACAUGUAUUUGAAAUAGAUGUACAUGUAUGUACUCGAUUGAAUGCUAUCAAUAAAUUAAAUGUUGAAAAUCAA